AUGACUUCCAAGGAGGACGGCAAGGCGGCGCCGGGGGAAGAGCGGCGGCGCAGCCCGCUGGAUCACCUGCCGCCGCCGGCCAACUCCAACAAGCCGCUGACUCCGUUCAGCAUCGAGGACAUCCUCAACAAGCCGUCUGUGCGGAGAAGUUACUCGCUGUGCGGGGCGGCGCACCUGCUGGCGGCGGCGGACAAGCACGCGCCGGGCGGCUUGCCCCUGGCGGGCCGCGCGCUGCUCUCGCAGACCUCGCCGCUGUGCGCGCUGGAGGAGCUCGCCAGCAAGACCUUUAAGGGGCUGGAGGUCAGCGUCCUGCAGGCAGCUGAAGGCCGAGACGGGAUGACCAUCUUUGGGCAGCGACAGACCCCUAAGAAGCGGCGAAAGUCUCGAACAGCCUUCACCAACCACCAGAUCUACGAGUUGGAGAAGCGCUUCCUCUACCAGAAGUACCUGUCCCCCGCCGAUCGCGACCAAAUCGCGCAGCAGCUGGGCCUCACCAACGCUCAGGUCAUCACCUGGUUCCAGAAUCGGCGCGCCAAGCUCAAGCGGGACCUGGAGGAGAUGAAGGCCGACGUGGAGUCCGCCAAGAAACUGGGCCCCAGCGGGCAGAUGGACAUCGUGGCGCUGGCCGAACUCGAGCAGAACUCGGAGGCCGCGGGCGGCGGCGGCGGCGGCGGCUGCGGCAGGGCCAAGUCGAGGCCUGGCUCUCCGGCGCUCCCUCCAGGCGCCCCGCAGGCCCCGGGCGCCGGGCCCCUGCAGCUCUCGCCCGCCUCCCCGCUCACGGACCAGCCGGCCAGCAGCCAGGACUGCUCAGAGGACGAGGAAGACGAAGAGAUCGACGUGGACGAUUGA